ACAAACAUCUAUUGAGAUGGAGAAUCCAGAAGUUGGUGGGCAAUGCCAUGAUGAAGUGGUUAACAAAGAAGAUUCAUCAAUUAAGAUGAUGAGCAAAGGGUUGAAGAGAUCACUUCUUAUUCUAAAUAUCACUCUUUUGAUCCUUGGUGAAGCUGGUGGUCCUUUGAUGAUGAGGCUUUACUACCUUCAUGGUGGCAAGAGAAUUUGGUUAUCAAGUUGGCUUGAAACAGGUGGUUGGCCGGCCAUGUUAAUACCUCUUUCAAUCUCAUACUUUUAUCGUCGCCGCCGUGGUAAAGCCGCCGGUAACGGCGGAAAUACAAAGCUGUUCUUCAUGAAACCAGGUCUUUUUUCUGCUUGCAGCUUUCUAGGCCUCCUCACUGGCUUGGUUGAUUAUAUGUAUGCCUUUGGUGUUUCCCGGCUGCCGGUAUCCACCUCUGCUCUAAUUUAUUCCACUCAAAUAGCGUUCACGGCGGUCUUCUCAUUCAUAUUAGUUAAGCAAAAGUUGACAUCUUAUUCAAUAAACUCUGUUGUUCUAUUAAUCAUUGGAGCUGUAGUUCUUGGGGUUCAUGCUGGAGGUGAUAGAAGAGCUGAUGAGUCUAACAAUCAGUAUUACUUGGGUUUCUUUAUGAUGAUUGCAGCUUCUUUGUUAUAUGGAUUUGUGUUACCAUUGAUAGAACUAACUUACAAGAGAGCUAAGCAGACUAUAACAUACUCUCUAGUCAUGGAGAUGCAGAUGGUUAUGUCUAUUUUUGCAACAGCUUUCUGCAGCAUAGGGAUGAUACUGAACAAUGACUUUAAGGUUAUUGAAAGAGAGUCAAGAGAAUUUGAGCUCAGGCCAGAAGGAGUUUAUUACACCAUAUUGGCAUUUAAUGCAAUUGUUUGGCAAUUCUUCUUCUUGGGAGCAGUAGGAGUUAUAUUCUAUGGGUCCUCAUUACUUGCUGGGAUUAUAAUUGCAUCUCUCCUUCCAGUGACAGAGAUCUUAGCUGUUGUAUUGUAUCAUGAAAAGUUCAAAGUUGAGAAGGGGAUUUCACUUGCUUUAUGCCUUUGGGGUUUCACUUCUUACUUUUAUGGUGAGCACAAACAAAGCAAGAAAACUGUAGAAUUAAGGGAUGACCCUUCUGAUAUGAUAUAGAAAGUCUACUGAAACAAUAAUUUAACCAUAUGAGUUUCAGUAUAUUUGUCCCUCCCAGACCUUAUAGUAGUAGGAGCCUUGUGCAUUAGAUUGUUCUUUAUAAGUUUCAGUACAUUUUGUCUUACAUUGUUAUUUUGGUUCAUUAAGUCAGAUUCAAAUCCAUGGUUUAUGAAUCAAGGAUUUUUUUCAAA